UUUUAAAAUACUCUAACCAAACCUAGUUUAACUUUUGGAAUGAAAUCAACUAAGUCCUUCAUCAUCCGGAGCACAAUGUUCUUUCAACAGCCUAUAGGCCAAAUUAUUUGUCUUGGUGUUGAUAAAUGCCUGUGGAGGCAUUCAUCCUCAGUAUGGAAGAGUUCAGCAUUUCACUGUAGUGUUAGGGGAGGGGCCAAGAGGUGUAUAAAGACCCCACUGAAGAAGUGAAGGCCCCAUUUCCAGUUUCCAGCCACACUUGCAGCAACCACCAUGAGCCGAAGCCCAGAGAGGAUGUCCUCAUACCGCCGUUGUUUUGAGGACAACAUCACCUCAACAUCCCGCCUCCGGGUGUCCAGCCCUUCUCCCACCCGAGGAGAGAACCGCCACCGCUCAGCCAGCUUCAACCGAAGUGGCGGGUGGAAGUUGGGGGGCCACAGAGCGCUCACCAAGCAACGACUGACCAGUUCUAGUAUGGGGGUCCUUUGUGUGGGUCCGUCCAUGGAACCUGGGAAUAAGAUGGAUCUGGACGUGGCUGCAGCAGAAAACCAGGCCUUCAAAUUGACACGCACCAACGAGAGGCAGGAAAUGGUCGUUCUCAAUGAUCGUCUGACCGCUUAUAUUGAAAAGGUUCGAUCCUUGGAGUCAAAGAACAACCUGUUGGAGGCCGAGAUUGAGGCCUUGAAGAGCUCCUUUGAACGAACCUCCAGCCUGAGGCAGCUCUACGCGUCUCAGCUGAAGGAGCUCAACAGGGAGGCCGAGCAAAUGAGAGAGCAGAGGGAUUCGUCCUUGGCAGAUAAGGAGGCAAAGUUGAGCCAGCUGGAUGUGCUGAAGGCCAAAUAUUAUGAAGCUCUGGAUGCCAGGAAGGAAAAAGAGGUCGACAUCGAGACUUUACGUCCUGAUGUGGAUAAAUCAACCUCAGCUCGGAUUAAACUGGAGAAGCAGCAGGAAAACCUGGAAGUUGAACUGGCAUUCCAGCAGCGAGUCCACAAGGAGGAAAUCGAGGAGCUGAUGCAGCAGAUCUAUGCAUCCUCCUCCAAGACGGACCUGACCUUUGACCUCCCGGAUCUUUCUUCGGCUCUCAUGCAGAUUCAGUCGCAGUACGACAGCAUUGCUGCCAAAAAUCUGCAGGAAAUGGAUACCUGGUACAAAACAAAGUUUCAUGACAUGGGUCAUGCCUCUACUAAACACGCUGAAAGUGUCCGAGCAUUGAGAGAAGAAAUUGCAGGCUACAGGAAGGACAUCCUGAACAAAGAGCGCGACUUGGACUUUCAAAAAAUGAGGAAUGAGUUCUUGGAGACUCAAAUCUGUGAAGCAAAAGAGAAAAACAAGACGGAAGAGGAGAACUUACAGGAUCAAGCGGAGUCGAUGAAUUCGGACCUGAAGCUCACCAAGGAGAAGGUGGCUCUGCUGAUGCGGGAAUACCAAGACCUGCUGAACGCUAAGAUGGCUUUGGAGAUAGAAAUCACCACAUACAGGAAACUGAUCGAAGGGGAAGACGGUCGCCUCAGCACCGUGGUUGGAAGGCUGAGCCUGACCGACGGCUUGAACACGACGUUUUCCCCGGAUACACCAGCCCUCACCGGUACUCUAAAGCUCACAGAAGGUCACAAAGAAACAGGCGGAAGCAGCAAUGAGACGGCUGCAGCUUCUGGACAGUUAGUGGCCGAUUCUAAAGGAACGUCACAUGAUCAGGCAUGUGCCGUGUGCGAGAGGAAGACGCUCCUCAUCAGGAAGGUUAAGACAGACGAGGACACGUAUGUGAGCAACACUAAGCAGUGCACCAUCACCAUUUCUGGAGCAGCUGAAGACACAGACGAGGAGUAAAGAAAUCGUCUAAGCUAAUGGUUUUUCUUGAUUUAGAACAUCAAAAACGUGUUGUCCUGCCUCUAACAAAGCUUCUGUCUUUAUUUACUAAAUAAACAACGAGCAAGCAUAGUG